CAUGCUUCGGAUAGCAGCAAACAGCAUGAUGGAUGCAUAGGGGUACGUAUACCUAACAGAUGGCGACGUCGAAAAUGCAGUAAGUAAUCGAUCCGAUCCGCGGACCUUUUAUUGCAGCCGCCUACUGGUACCGACCGCGAGUCGCGACGGUGCAUAAUCCUUUAGUUCAUUCUUUGAAUUUCUUUCAGCCUGUGUGCAAUGUGUCACUCUUUAAGCUUUCUUAAAUCGUUAAUGAUAUUUUAAAAAAAUAUCAAGAAAACUGUAGUAGAACUUCAUUUGAAAUUGAGUUCACUAUAUGUCUAACUUUAAUUUCGACUUUCAUCACGUUAUUUUCCAUUAUUUUGCACUGCUGGUUAACCGUUUAAGCGUUUACCCCUGCCGUGCAUUGUUCGUAAAACAUCUCAUUUCCGGAAGAUGCCUCAGGGCAACAGCAGAAUCUGCAGAUCGCAAAAAGGCCAACAAAAACAUUUUCGUUGAUCCGCGUAUCCUUUUUCUGCCACUGCGUUGUGAUUUUUUAUAUUACAAUAUCCUUGAAUAUAUUUCUGUUAAGUUGUUAAGAUCGCGCAUUACUGCGCAUUCUGAUGCUCUAAAAGUUUUCUCGUUCAAAAUGAAUAUGGAAUCGUGGCCACAAGACGUGCAGGUGAGUCCAUCAAGAUACUGCAAGUUUAUUUACUCCGCAGUUCCCCAUAGCAGCCUAUCUGAAAGCGAUAAAGACGAGCUGGAAACGUACCUCGUAGGAUGCACGUGCCAAUCUCUAUCAUCUCCGAAUCCGGAAUGUUGCCUCGACACCUGCGAGUGCCUAGCGCGCACUCCUUCCUCCUACGAUCACGAUGGCCUGCUGAAGUCCGAAUACUUGUCCGGAAAAGGAUCACUAAUCAUUGAAUGUGGAGGACUGUGCGGCUGUGCCGUCCAGGCUUCAUCCUGCAUUCAAGAGCUGGUGAACGACCCACAUAAUGUUGAUCGUAAUGUUGUCAAGAAACCACGACGUGCAACCUCGUUCCCGUGUGGAAACCGAACUGUAGGAUACGCUAGAUAUCUCUAUGCGUUGUUGUCAUCGGACCCAUCGGUAAUUCCUUUUUCAAACGAACAAAUGUAUUGCACGUGGAAGUUUCUGGAGAUAUUUCGCAGCUUUGAUAAAGGCUUCGCUGUGCGCUGCUCCAUUGAUCUCCCACCUGGAAGGUUCAUCUGCGAGUACGCCGGGGAAUUAAUAAGCACGGAGGAGGCACACAAGCGUAUGCAGCAAUUCCCCGACGACACGUACGUGUUCGCCCUGCGGGAGUCAUCCAGUCAAGCCGUCGUGACCACCUGCAUCGAUGCGCGUGAGGAGGGCAACUGGGGACGGAUGAUCAAUCAUUCCUGUGAUCCUAAUCUCGUUAUGCUGCCGGUGCGCAUUGAUACGAUUAUUCCUGUGCUGUGUUUUUUCACAAAGCGGGCGGUGCCGGCUGGAGAGGAGUUGACGGUGGACUAUGAUCAGGGGAAUUUUUUUAGUGCGGUCUCUGGUGUAACCGCUGAUAGGAAAAAUCUCUGUGAUAUUGUGUUAAGUAAGAAAAAAUGUUUAUGUUCAGCCCCGUGCUGUCGUGGAUUUUUGCCGUUUAAUAAAGACUUGUUUACAUGACUGCAUGGUCUUGAUGGUCUUCUUAAACGGAAUGCGGCUUUAAUUUUUCCCAUAGAUACAGCUCGCACAAAAAGCACUGUAUUAGAAAUAUUUUGCAAUUUCGAAAAGAACUGCAUUGUGUGAGAAGAUUG